ACUGGGAGCUGAGGGAAGAGGAGAGUUGGUUGUGGGAGAAUUCCUGUGCCUGACUCCUUGUUUUCUCCAGGAGACACACUGAGCCCAGACUCACUUUUCUUUUCCUGAAUUUGAACCACCGUUUCCAUUGUCUCGUAGUCCACACGCGAAGCCUGGGGCGAUGGACCCCUUUACCGAGAAACUGCUUGAGCGAACCCGCGCUAGGAGAGAGAAUCUUCAGAGAAAGAUAGCUGAGAGGCCCACAGCAGCACCAAGGUCUGUCACUCAUGCUAAGCGAGCCCGAGAGCCACUUUCAGAAGCAAGUAACCAGCAGCCCCUAUCUGGUGGUGAAGUGAAAUCUUGUACAAAGCCAUCACCAUCAAAAAAACGUUGUUCUGACAGCACUGAAGCAGAAGUUUCUGAUGUGGAAAAUAAACAACCAGUUGAGUCAGCGACUAUAAAACCUUGUUCUCCAAGUCCUGUAUCUCCUCAGGUGCAGCCACAAGCAUCAGCUAUUGUCAGUGAUUCUGUGGCUGUUCCAGCAUCAUUGCUGGGCGUGGGGAGAGGGCUGAAGUCAAGAUUGGACACAACCUCAGGCUCCUCAGUUAAAACACGAAUGCAAAAGCUCGCAGAGCAGCGGCGACAUUGGGAUAAUGAUAUGACAGAUGAUAUACCUGAAAGCGCACUCUUAUCAUUGCCAUCUGAGGAAAAGGCAGCCUCGCCUCCCAGACCACCCCUUUCAGCUACUUCAGCAACCCCACUUGGGAGAAGGGGCCGUCUGGCCAAUCUUGCUGCAACGAUUUGCUCCUGGGAAGAUGAUGUAAGUUACUCAUCUGCAAAGCAAAACAGUGUACAAGAACAGCCUGGUACUGCUUGUUUAUCCAAAUUUUCCUCUGCAAGUGAAGCAUCUGCUAGGAUCAAUAGCAGCAGUGUUAAGCAGGAAGCUACAUGCUGUUCCCAAAGCGAUGGCGAUGCCUCUUUGAAUAAAGCCCCAUCCUCUAGUGCUGCUGAUGAGUCUUUGGCUACAGCCUCAAUUUCCAGCUCUUUGAAAUCUACUUGUUCCCCAGCGAAAUAUUCUACAUCCAUCACCAGUGCUAAAAAUUGUGAGGUACAAAAUCCUGAGCUACUUCAAAAAACUUCUGUUAGUCCUCUGAAAACAGAGGUAUCGAAAUCAAUUGUGAAGCCAACUUUAACCCAGAGAGUUCCAUCCAAAGAAGAACUAAAAUCAGAAAUUUGUCUGCAGUCUCAAUCUAAAGACAAAUCUACAACACCAGGAGGAAGAGGAAUUAAGCCUUUUCUGGAACGCUUUGGAGAGCGUUGUCAAGAACACAGCAAAGAAAGUCCCUCUCAUAGCACACCCCAGAGAACUUACGUUAUCACUCCAAAUACAAAGGCCAUUCAAGAAAGAUUAUUUAAGCAAAACGCAUGUUCAUCUACUACCCAUUUAGCCCAACAGCUCAAGCAGGAACGUGAAAAGGAACUAGCAUGUCUUCGUGGCCGAUUUGACAAGGGCAAUUUAUGGAGUACAGAAAAAGGCGAAAACUCGAGGAGCAAACAACUAGAAACAAAGCAGGAAAUUCACUGUCAGAACACUCCCCUCAAGAAACAAGUAGUCUCAAAUACCCACUCACUUCCAGACAAGGUGACAGAAAAUCAGAUACCAGCAAAAACCUCUACUACAGAACCUACAGUGGUACGUGAAAUUGAGUUGAGUGUGGAUGAUGAGGAUGAUAUCAACAGUUCAAAAGUAAUUAAUGAUAUCUUCAGUGAUGUCCUUGAAGAAGGUGAGCUAGAUAUGGAAAAGAGUCAAGAGGAGAUGGAUCAAGCAGAAGCAGAAAGCAAUGAAGAGCAGGAAGAUGCAUUGAAUAUCUCCUCAAUGUCCUUACUUGCUCCGUUAGCACAGACAGUUGGUGUGGUAAGUCCAGAGAAUUUAGUUUCCUCACCUAAAUUGGAAUUGAGAGAUACUCAUACAAGCGAUGAGAGUCCAAAACCAGGAAAGUUCCAGAGAACCCGUGUUCCUCGAGCUGAAUCUGGUGAUAGCAUUGGUUCUGAAGAUCGUGAUCUUCUUUAUAGCAUUGAUGCAUAUAGGUCUCAAAGAUUCAAAGAAACAGACCGUCCUUCCAUAAAGCAAGUGAUUGUUCGGAAAGAAGAUGUUACUUCAAAAUUAGAUGAAAAAAAGAAUGCCUUUUCAGGUCAAGUUAAUAUCAAACAGAAAAUGCAGGAACUCAAUAAUGAAAUAAAUUUGCAGCAGACAGUGAUCUAUCAAGCUAGCCAGGCUCUUAACUGUUGUGUUGAUGAAGAGCAUGGGAAAGGGUCCCUAGAAGAAGCUGAAGCAGAAAGACUUCUUUUAAUUGCAACUGAGAAGAGAACGCUUUUGAUUGAUCAGCUGAAUAAACUGAAGAAUGAAGGGCCUCAGAGGAAGAAUAAGGCUGAUUCCAUAUUCCAGAGUGAAUUUGUCCCAUCCAAAGGAUCAGUUACUUUGUCAGAGAUCCGCUUGCCUCUAAAAGCAGAUUUUGUGUGCAGUACAGCUCAGAAGCCAGAUGCAGCAAAUUACUAUUACUUAAUUAUGCUAAAAGCAGGAGCUGAAAAUAUGGUAGCCACACCAUUAGCAAGUACUUCAAACUCUCUUAAUGGCGAUGCUCUGACAUUCACUACUACAUUUACUUUGCAAGAUGUGUCCAAUGACUUUCAAAUAAAUAUUGAAGUUUAUAGCUUGGUACAGAAGAAAGAUUCCUCAGGUGCUGAUAAGAAGAAAAAAACAUCUAAGUCCAAGGCUAUUACUCCAAAAAGACUCCUCACUUCCAUAACCACAAAGAGCAACCUUCAAUCUUCUGUUAUGGCCAGUCCAGGAGGUCUCAAUGCUGUGCGUACCAGCAACUUUGCUCUUGUUGGAUCUUACACACUGUCAUUAUCCUCAGUAGGAAACACUAAGUUUGCUUUGGAAAAGGUACCCUUUUUAUCUCCUUUGGAAGGUCAUAUUUAUUUAAAAAUAAAUUGUCAAGUGAAUUCAAGUGUUGAAGAAAAAGGUUUUCUAACCAUAUUUGAAGAUGUUAGUGGUUUUGGUGCCUGGCAUCGAAGAUGGUGUGUUCUUUCUGGCAACUGUAUCUCUUAUUGGACUUAUCCAGAUGAUGAGAGGAGAAAGAAUCCCAUAGGAAGGAUUAAUCUGGCCAAUUGUACCAGCCAUCAGAUAGAACCAGCCAACAGAGAAUUUUGUGCAAGACGCAAUACUUUUGAAUUAAUUACUGUCCGACCACAGAGAGAAGAUGACCGAGAGACUCUCGUCAGCCAAUGUAGGGAUACACUCUGUGUCACAAAGAACUGGCUGUCUGCAGAUACUAAGGAAGAGCGGGAUCUCUGGAUGCAAAAACUCAAUCAGGUUCUUGUUGAUAUUCGCCUAUGGCAACCCGAUGCUUGUUAUAAACCUAUAGGAAAGCCUUAAAAAUGUUUCUGUACCAUUUAGAGGUUUUUUUGAGUUGUGUCAUAAAUGUAUUUUAAGAAAACACAUUUAAGAGCAUCAGAUUUACUGAUUGCAUUUAAUGCUUUAAAUAAGAGGGUUUGUGCAAAUAUUCACUACAUAUUAUGCAGUAUUUAUCUUUUGUAUGUAACAACUGAUUUCUCAUCUUUCAUUCAUAAUUCAUAAAUAAUUGGAAGGCAAUUCAUUAUAAUUGACUUUGCGUAAUCCAAAUAGAAAAAUUUCAUUUUCCUAGAAAUUUAAUUAUCCAGUUAUUCAUGACAGUUUUUUUUUUUUUUUUUUUUUUUUUUUAAGUUAGAAAUCCUGAGUUAUCUUCUUGGAGCUAUGCGCCUCCAAGUAGCACGGUCUUCCAGGGGUUAGAGAAGGAAACCUCUGGUUUGGUGAUCCCUUCUCUAGCUUUGGUAGUUUUUUGAAAGCUUGUUACCAGCAUACUGAAAAAAUUUUUUUUUCUUAAGUACUUUACAGAACAUUUUUAAAAAUGGAGAUGAGAACUUUUUCAAAUAGCAAAUGUAUGUUAGUUUAAAGCUUGAGGCUGCAUUUAAAAAAGAAAUAUAGGGAGCAUUUUGUGAGAUUUGGGGGUUAAAUAUUUUAUAUAGAAGAGUUAAUAAUCACAAGGUUUACAUUUACCCAGUUACUAUAUAUGCAGUGUGGUGCACAUUUUUCAUAGAAGUCAGGCUUUAUUGAAAUAAUCCUUUUUGCCAUGUAGCUUAUAGAUUUCUCACACAUUACCAUAUUAAUUCUUUCUGCUCCUAUAACAAGAACAAAUUUAAAUUGAAGAAUUUUUAUAUUAAAAGAAGUAAACUUUUACCAAGCUGCUAUGGAUUAAUACUUUGCUUGCCAAAGUUCUUGUCUUUUCUUUUCCCAUGUCUAUGUAUGACAGUGUCUUAAAACCUAUUUUGAAAUCAUUCAGAAAACCAUUAUGUCAUGUAUUGCCUUUAAAAGUCUAAUACUUUUUUAUUAUAAAAUAUUGUAAAACAUAGUCUCAACUUUUAGAUACACUUUGAGUUUUUUCUUUGAAUUGUUAGAAGUUAUUGAUGAUUUC